UUGCACACGGAACAGGAGUGCGUGCCGAAUGUGUAAUGGGUGUGCCAUUAUAUAAGGACAUAUAUGCGGAAGGUCAGCGAACGUGGGAAGAGAUCAUUCAGUUUGACGCAUUCAUUCGUGUUAAAUGUGACCAGGUAAUACCAACAGCAAUCUGUCUCCUGCAGAUAAUUUCAAAGCUUCUCGACAUCAAUGAAAAUAAAAUAAUUGCGAAUCACAGUUGUAGAUGUACACGGGAGUGCGGGGCCCUCCAACAUGGACAAACAAGCUACAAAAACCCCCACUCAUGUCGGACGCUUCCUGAUUGUGGUGUUGCUGGCACUGGCAUUGGUGUUUCUAAACUUGCGGCAUAUAAAGUUUGCGCAAUUUUCAAUUUCCGGAGCAAAGUCAGUGUGGAUCAGAUACCCAGCUCCGAAGAAUCAUUCCACACUACAGCAGGAAGUAAAAAUGCCGAAGACUGAAUGGAUCCACAAGCUGAUGCAGUAUGGCUAUCAGACUCAUAGUUUCACCCUUGAAGAAAGAACAGAGGGGACAGUAUUGAUGAAAAUGAUUGAAUGGCCAAAGAUUCCCGAUACCAGUGUGCCCUUUAGGAAAAGCAGCGACCCAUUGCAUACUUGCUUUAUCGUUUUAAAUCCUGAGAAGACUUUCCACGUUGGAGAUCAAUUGCAGGUGAUGCUGCGAAUGUUUGACUUUGACGGAAAUCCAAAACAAUAUGGAGGUGACUAUCUGCAAGCGCGGAUUCACACCCCAGACGUAAAGGCUGGUUCAGCAGGGACAGUUAUAGAUAACCAAAAUGGAUUUUAUUACAUUAAUUUUACUUUAUCCUGGCCGGGAAAAGUCCAAGUGUCAGUUUCCCUCGUUCAUCCCAGUGAAGGGGUCAAAGUACUAAAACGGCUGCGUGAAGAACGACCAGAUCGAAUUUAUAUGCAAAGCACUUUCAAGGCUGGAGCAAUUUCAAAGACUACUGUUUGCAGUCUGUUUUUAACUCCAACUAAACCACUAUGUAACUUUACUGAUCUCAGGACAGGAGAGCCUUGGUUCUGUUACAAACCAGAAAAUCUUCCAUGUUCUACUCGAAUCAAUCAUGCUGGAGGUGGACGUUUGACAGAUAUUUUAAUUGGAGAAGAGAGGCUGUUUAUCCAAAGUAAAGUCAACGUCAAGAUGCCCAUAUUACCCUGUGCCAUGGGUUAUAUAAUCGUAGAGCCAUCACCUCAACCAAGUAAGAUCAUUUUCAAUCAUAGUGUUCAGGUAUUUUUCUGUUUAGGUAUUAGAAGGUUUGACCUUGGAAAUAGAGAAAAGACUGGCCCUCUGUGUGCCUUCGACGUGCAAAACAACAUCAUGCUGGAAUAUUUUGCUCAUGGCCCGCCAAUCUAUUUCGUCCCCUUUUCAAGCCGGCAUGUGUUCUACAUUUCAAAUAAACUGAAUGAAAUUGAAGGAGGGAAAAACACAGUUAUUACCAUUUGUAUCUGUGCCCAUUUCUGCAUUUUCCCAGUGGAAGUGUACAUCAGAAGGCUGCAGCAUAUUCGAAGAUCGGUUCUACAGCUGCUCAGCAGGAAUCCAGAUACGGUGGUCGUUAUAAAGACUGUUAAUGUACGGGCCCUUAUACAAGAUGUAAUUCUUAACUACAGUGACUGGUACUCUUUUCAACUUGAUUUAGUGUUGAGAAGGAUGUUUGCCGGCAUCAACGUAGCAUUUGUGGAUGCAUGGGCAAUGACCAUAGCCCACUACCUGCCCCAUAACCUACACCCUCAACAAAUCAUAAUAAAGAAUGAAAUAGAUGUGUUUCUUUCACACGUGUGCCCUUCCAAUAAGUGGUAACGACAUCUGCUUACCAUGCAUCACCACAAUUACAUUGCAAAUCAUAGAUCUACCCGUCUAAAACUGAAUGUAAUUUUAAAUAUUUUGAACAUUUUGAUUUCUAUGUUUUGAAUUCAUCUUUUGUCACUGUAUCUUUUGAUUCGAUUCUAUUAUUUUAAUUAGUUAUAAUUCUUAACUAUUACCUGAUAUUAAUAAUGU